AUGGCUUCCUUUGGGCCUCCUAUAGACCUCCUUGGGGGGCCUCACGGGGGCCUCCUUGGGGCCUCCUAUGGACCUCCUGUGGGCCUCCUGUGGGUUUCCUUGUGGCCUCUUACUGGCCUCCUAGGGUCGUCUUUGUGGCCUCCUAUGGACCUCCUGAGGGCCUCCUUGGGGGCCUCCUGUGGACCUCCUUUGGGCCUCAUGGGGGCCUCCUGUGGGCUUCCUGGGGGCCUCCUUGUGGCCUCCUUGGGGCCUCCUAUGGACCUCCUGUGGGCCUCCUUAUGGCCUCCUUUGGGCCUCCUAUAUAGACCUCCUGGGGGGCCUUCUUUGGGGCCUCCUACUGGCCUCCUUGGGGGGCCUCCUGAGGGCCUCCUCGGGGCCUAUUUGGGGCCUUCGUUGGACCUCUUGAGAGCCUCCUUUGGGGCCUCCCUGGGGGCUUUCUGGGGGCCUCCUUGGGGGGCUCUUAUCAGCAUCCUUGGGGCCUCCUUGGUCCUCUUUGAGGCCUCCUUGGGACUUCCUUGGGGGCCUCCUGUGGUCUUCCUUGGGGCCUCUCACUGGCAUCCUUGGGAGCCUCCUUGGGGCCUCCUGGGGACCUCCUUGAGGGCCUCCUGGGGGCCUCCUGCUGGCCUCCUAGGGUCCUCUUUGGGGCCUCCUAUGGACCUCCAGUGGGGACCUCAUGGGGGCCUCUUACUGGCCUCUUUGGGACCUUCAGUGGGGCCUCCUGUGGGCUUCUUUGGGGCCUCCUUGGGGGCCUUCUGGAGCCUUCUUGGGGGCCUCCUAUGGACCUCCUUCGGGCCUCCUAUGGGCCUCCUUGGGGGCACUUCUUUCGGGCCUCCCGACCUGCUGAAUGCUCAGCUCUGCCCCCCCACCCUCCUGGGGGCCUCUGGCUGGCCUCCUUUGGUCCACCUUGGGGAUCCUCAUUUGGUCCUCCUUGGGACCUCUUGCUGGCCUCCCUGUGGGCCUCCUGGGGGCCUCCUUUGGGGCCUCCUCAGGGCUUAUUUGGGGCCUUCUAUGGAUCUCCUAAGAGCCUCCUAUGGACCUCCUAGGGUCCUCCUUGGGGGCUUCCCAGGGGCCUCCUGGGGGCCUCCUGCCAGCCUCCUUGGGGCCUCCUAUGGACCUCCUGGGGGCCACUUACCGGCAUCCUUGGGGGCCUUCUCUGGGGCCUCUUGCUGGCCUCCUGGGGGCUUCCAGAGAGCCUCCUGGGGGCCUCCUAGGGGGCCUCCCGUGGGCCUCCUUUGUGGCCUGCUGGGGGCCGCAUUUGGUCCUCCUUGGGUCCUCCUGUAG